CUCUGUUCCACUCCACUCCAGGAAGGCCACCUCCUCCCUGUCCUCCUCCUCUCCCCCCCCCCGCCUCCUGCUGUCACCACUCACCGCUCAUCCUCUCGAGAGGGUGGGGACCCCACGGCUGGACACACCCCACCGUGGCCCCAGAGCUCAGCUGGUCGGGGACGGACGCACGGUCGGACACAGGACCCCAGAGCCCGAGGUGGGCAGCGUGCCAGGGUCCCUCGCAGCCUCCUCAAGCCCCAUCCAGGCUAUGGGCGUGAAGACAGCACUGCCUGCAGCUGAGCUGGGUCUCUACUCCCUGGUGGUGAGUGGAGCCCUGGCCUAUGCGGGCAGAAGUCUCCUGGAAGCUUCACAAGAUGGGGCUCACAGGAAGGCUUUCCGGGAGUCUGUACGCCCAGGCUGGGAGUACCUUGGCCGCAAGAUGGAUGUGGCCGACUUCGAGUGGGUGAUGUGGUUCACCUCCUUCCGCAAUGUCAUCAUCUUCGCCCUCUCGGGACACGUGCUCUUUGCUAAACUCUGCACUAUGAUUGCCCCCCAGCUCCGCUCCUGGAUGUAUGCCAUUUACGGGCUCCUGGCCGUGUUGGGUACAAUGGGUCCCUGGUACCUACUGCUGCUGCUGGGCCACUGUGUGGGCCUCUACGUGGUCUCACUUUUGGGCCAGCCCUGGCUCUGUCUUGGCUUCGGCCUGGCCGGCCUGGCCUCCUUCAAGGUGGACCCUCUCAUCUCUUGGCAGAGCGGGUUUGUAACAGGCACUUUUGAUCUUCAAGAGGUGCUGUUUCAUGGGGGUAGCAGCUUCACGGUGCUCCGCUGCACCAGCUUCGCGCUGGAGCGCUGUGCUCACCCCGAGCGCCACUACUCCCUGGCCGACCUGCUCAAGUACAACUUCUACCUGCCUUUCUUCUUCUUUGGGCCCAUCAUGACCUUCGAUCGCUUCCACGCCCAGGUGAGCCAGGUAGAGCCCAUAAGGCCCGAAGGCGAGCUGUGGCGCAUCCGAGCUCAGGCGGGCUUCAGUGUGGCGGCCAUCAUCGCUGUGGACAUCUUCUUCCACUUCUUCUACAUCCUCACCAUCCCCAAUGACCUGAAGUUUGCCAGCCGUCUCUCAGACAGUGCCCUUGCUGGCCUGGCCUACUCCAACCUGGUGUACGACUGGGUGAAGGCAGCUGUCCUCUUCGGCGUGGUCAACACCGUGGCGCGUCUGGAUCACCUGGAUCCACCACAGCCUCCCAAGUGCAUCACCGCACUCUACAUCUUCGGAGAAACGCACUUUGACCGGGGCAUCAACGACUGGCUUUGCAAAUACGUGUAUGACCACAUUGGUGGGGAGCACUCGGCAGUGAUCCCGGAGCUGGGGGCCUCCGUGGCCACAUUUGCCAUCACCACCCUGUGGCUCGGGCCUUGCGACAUCGUCUACCUGUGGUCAUUCCUUAACUGCUUUGGCCUCAACUUUGAGCUCUGGGUACAAAAGUUGGCAGAGCGGAAACCCCUGGCAGGCAUUGAGGCCAGUUUGUCGGAGCAGAUGUCCCGCCGGGUGCGGGCCCUCUUUGGGGCCAUGAACUUCUGGGCCAUCAUCAUGUACAACUUGGUGAGCCUCAACAGCUUGGAGUUCACGGAGCUGGUGGCCCGGCGCCUGCUACUCACAGGGUUCCCCCAGACCACCCUGGCUGUGCUGUUUGUGACCUACUGUGGUGUCCAACUGGUGAAGGAGCGUGAGCGAACCCUGGCUCUGGAGGAGGAGCAGGAGGGCCAGGACAAAGAGAAGGCGGAGUAGGGAGGGAGGCAGGGUGGGAUCAAGGGCCAGGCUCCACUCAACUCUUCCUGGGCCAGAUGCGGCCUGACCAAGAUAGAAUAAAAAGACUUUUCUAC